AUGAGGAGGACGAUCAAAGUUAAUGAUCCUCUGAGGUAUGGUGGGAUCACGAUAUACCAAACGGAUUGGGGGUUCUCAGCAUUACAGGUGAAGAAAAAUGGUGAAGGACCUUUUAACUUGGCCAUGGCACCCUUGCAGCUGAAUGGCAAUAAAAAGCUAUACGGAACAUUCUUGCCACUUGAAGACUCUGAUUCUUCAGGUGUCAAGGGAAUAUCAAUGCUUGCUCGAGAUCUUCAGUCUAUUGUGUUGUAUGAUCAAGAUGGCAAGUUUGUAGGAGUUCGCCGGCCAAGCUCUAAACUCCCCAUUGAAAUCAAUGGCAAUGAAAUAUUAAUUGAGGAUGCUAUUGGCAGUACUGGUCUGGAUCUCAAGGUCAGGACUACAGAUUCAGUCUUUCCAUUUUGA